UCGAGGUCUAUGGAUCACUUUUAGGCCUCAUUCCCGAAAUAAGGAAUAUUUUUGUAACGCCUGAAUAAUUUAUUCAAACUUUGUUUCAAAGGAUUGAGAAACAUUUGAAAUAAUUGCUUGGAUUUAACUUUUUUUGUGAAGCAUUCCAACAUUAUGUCUCAAAGCUGUCGGUUAUUCUGUGGAUUUAUACUGAGUUUCAUUGGGUGGAUCGGGCUGAUCAUUGCCACUGCCACUAACGACUGGGUCAUAACCUGCAAAUAUGGCAUGCACACUUGCAAGAAAAUGGACGAGCUAGAAUCUAAAGGGCUAUGGGCUGAAUGUGUGGUUUCUACCGCUCUGUACCAUUGCACAGCUUUGAACCAAAUACUCACCUUGCCAGCUUAUAUUCAGACGUCCCGAGCGCUAAUGGUUGCUGCAUGCAUUGCUGGCUUCCCGUCCCUGAUACUGGUCAUGAUGGCCCUGCCGUGCGUCAAACUGGCAAAUGAGACAGACGGCGCCAAGCAUAAACGCGCAAUCCUCGGAGGAUUCCUAAUUCUGUUAAUGUCCCUAGGAGGACUGGUGUCCACUGUGUGGUUCCCCAUUGGGGCGCACCAUGACGAGCGCCUCAUGUCUUUCGGCCUCUCCCUGUACUCCGGCUGGGUGGGCUCGGCCCUGUGCCUCCUCGGCGGGGCGAUGAUGACCUGCUGCUCUGGCGGCGCCGGCGCCCAGACCCAGAACCACCACAACCGCUUCUACUACUCAAAGCAGAGCGGUGCGGCCAACGCCAUGCCUCCCGCAGCCAACCAUGCCAAGAAUGCCCACGUGUGAGAGAACGAGACGGAGCAAGAGAGAGAGUCCUCUUGGCACUGACACAGAGCAGCAAACUAACUCCAGAAGACAAUCACAAAGGAUGCCAAUUCUGACCUUCAAGCAGAGCAGAUGGGAGAGAUGAGAGAUGUUCAUGAGUUCCUCCACCUCUAUGGACAUUUCUUAAAUACGUAAAUAUGGACUAUUACAUUGAGUACAUGAAGUAAUGUUAUGUCAUUUUUUGAAGUCCCAUUUUGUAUUUCUACUAAUACGAAAAUAUAUUAUUAAUACCAUACUUUCUAGUUUAGAUGGUACCUGUAUGAUAUUUUUUUUCCUGUUAUAAAAUCCUACAUUUAUGCAUGAGCACUACAUCCUAUCAUGCUUCUUUGUACUGCCACACUGUCAUCCAUGAAACAACUUUGACAAGGCAGGGAUGCGUCCCUGUCCCCCAGCUGAAUUGAAAGCUCUUCCCCUCGCGCUGAUCGGGGCAUACGUGUCUGACUUAAGCGAGGCAUAUGUCAUAGAGGCAGGAAACCACAUUAUUGAAAAACAGCUGUCCAGGUGGCUCCUCUGGGUUUUUUUUUUCUUCCCUGGGCAGCUCUGCUCUCUCUUUCCUGCUCAUACACCCUCAGGAAAUCGGUAUCUCGCUUUGAAUCACACACACACACACACACACACACACACACACACACACACACACACACACACACAGACACAUACACAUACACAUACACACAUACACACACACACUCUCACACACACGAAAGCACAAAUCACAUGAUUGCAUGAGUCACAGAUACGUAUUACACAGACUCUGGUGCUUUCCUCUGCUGAUUUACUUUAAGUGUUGGGAGAACAGAGACGCGAUAAAGAACAUGCAUGUUUCUCCGGUCCAGGGUUCUCCCUGUGUGUCACAUGUAAUGUGAUUUUAACAGGGAUUGAUGCCAUGUAAUCCCUUUGAAUUGUGUCUAAUAACCAUGACUAAUCUCCUGAUGUGUAAUCUCUCGUUUUGAAAACAUCCCAUAACCCUCAAAUUACCAUUUUGUAACAACAGAUAAUGGCUCCAAGACUAUUGUUGGUGUUUAAUAAAAUAUACUCAUUCUGUUCAGUUUUAUUUAUAGGCUAAUGCCACAUACAGUACGAAACAGUUCACACACCUUUGAAUAGAAUAGAUUAAAUGAUGCGUUGUAUCCGUAAUGAAAUGUAAACCACCUUUUCCACUGAAGAAUAGAAAAGGGCAGAAGCCCACAACAAUCAUCAAACCAAUCUUCCCAUGUCAUCGUGGUUUUAUACAGGAAAUAUGAAAUGAAUUUCAUACUUGCCACAAAAUCUAAUCAUAGUGAUUAAACUACUCUGAAAUAACACAUGAAUGCUGAUCCAAAGAUUGCUGUAGGUUUGCAUUACUGUGAGUCUUCUUGUGACAGAAAAGAA